AUGGUGGCGGGCUGGCGGCAGAGGAUGGCUCGGCGACUGGCGGACUGGAGGGUGGCUCGGCGACUGGAGGCGCUGCCGGCGAUGGCGUGCUGGCGGCUGUGCUCUGGCCAACGAUGGCCGACGAUGUCUCUGAGGAUUUCGCCAGUAACGAGAGGAAGAGGAGGAGGAAGGAAAACGAGAGGGAUGAGUCUGGCGGCUAUCGACGAUUGA